UCCCUGCUCAGGGAGCUGGUUGAUCCUGUCAGCUGCUCUUCUACCUAGUUCAUGGUCUUCCAAGUCCCGAGCACGCAGUUGUGCUUGACAGAAUCUUCUGACGUGCAUCAGCGCACUCGGUUUUCCCGAUUUCGCAAAAAGGCCCAUUAUUCGUCUAGACACACGCCGUGGACUGACGCGCUCCCCGUAGACGGCGGAAUCAGGAAGCCAUGGCCACUUCCCUGGUUACUAUCCGAGAUCCAGCGUCCCUCACCACUUCACCCGUCUUGCUUUCACACCCUCGAUCUCUCAGCGGGACGGAUCGAUCGGCAAGAUCAUACCUGAUCCAACGCGAUCUAGAGCGUCCUUCGCGACAAGUCAGGCGCCUGACAGUCUCCAUUUCUGCUGGAAGGCCUCUUGAGUUUCAGCCUUCAAUCCAGAGCCAGCAGGUUCCAUUCACUCCCCCUGUCGCCGCCUGUCAACAAACGUCUGACCUAAGCUUCGAAAAGGAAUCGGAUAAUUCUGAUAAGUCUAAUGCAGCGAUUGGCACUAGCACUCACUGCCCUUAUCCGUUCGCCCGCAUCGCAGCCGUGGCUCUCGCAGCCGCGUCGUGCUCGCUGCUGCUCGCCUUGAGUCCCGCCGUGGCUGCUGGCGGGAAUGACGGGCUGCUGGACAUUCAGACGCUGAGGCCGCGACAGCAAGAGCAAAUCAACGAGUCGUACGUCAAGAGGGAUGGCCAGGAUCUGUCCGUGUCUGAUCUGCAAGGCGCCACCUUCAUGGAAGCCUCCCUUCGUGGAACCGACCUGCAUGGGUCCGACCUUCGAGGAGCCAUGUUCACCAAGGCCGUGUUGUACAAGGCGAAUCUAUCAGGAGCUGACUUAACAGAUGCCUUGAUUGACAGAGCGGUGCUGAACGGGGCAGACCUGCGCAAUGCUGUACUGCAAGGGGCGUGGAUGGCUCUCACUGACCUUGGAGGGGCUGAUAUCACAGGGGCUGACUUCACCGAUGCCAUCAUCGACAAGUAUCAAUUGAAGCAACUGUGCCAAAGGGCGUCUGGAGUUAAUCCAUUAACGGGGGUCGACACUGCCGAGAGUUUGCGAUGUUCAUCUACAAGGUUUUAUUCUGGCUCUGGGAGCACAAGAUGACAAGAAAUGCUUUGAUCUAGCCCUUAGACUAAAUAGAGCCUGUUGUGUCAAUUAUUAUUCUUGAUAAGAACUGCAGUGUAGUCCUGACCAGAGCUGUUACAAAAAUCGCCGUCCAGCCAACCACUGUUCAG